AUGACGACGUCAACGUGAUAUUAGUCGUUUCGUUAACUUGAUAAAUAUUCUAUAUAAUCUGUGCGUGCAUGACAAAAACGAUUUUGAUUUUAAUUUUGUUUUCCAGAAUUUUAUCCUCGUGUCAAAAGUUUCUUUUGAAGUGUUGUAGUGGCAAUGUUGAUGGAAAACUAGCUUAAAUUGUCAACGUAUAGUUUUUAACUUGUUCUUGCAAAAGGUUUUUGUAGAAAGUUUUAAACGUUCAAAUCAGAAAAGGCAACUUGAUGGGCACUGGCACAGAGGAUGAAGGCACUGUCCCUGUUUUGGCUAUGAGUUCACCCGUGAAAACCACUUCUCCGACAAGCACCAUGGAUGCAUCUAGUCUUGAUAACAGCCACGUAAGGUCUGAUAGUGAAGAAUAUGAAAGUGAUGAUUCAAUUGAAAUCACUCCAAAACAACCUAUAAAUCAGGCACCAGAUCCUCUAAUUGAAGAAAACUUUGAUGAGAACCUACCGUCUACGGUGUCUCUACUGACCACUCCGGAUGGGGUGAAGGUGUACUUGGUCGGAACGGCACACUUCAGUAUCGAGAGUCAAGAUGAUGUUUCUAAAGUAAUACGUAAUGUUCGCCCCCACAUUGUUAUGGUGGAGUUGUGUCGGAGUCGUGCCAGUAUUCUGCAGAUGGACGAGGAGACUAUUGAGAGAGAAGCAAAAAACAUAACAUUUGAAAAGAUAAUGGCAACAGUGAAAGAAAACGGAGUGUUCCAUGGUCUCAUGUAUACGUUGUUUCUCAACCUGUCGGCCCAGCUGACCAAGGAGCUGGGGAUGGCUCCGGGGGGAGAGUUCCGGAGAGCUCUUGCAGAGGUGAGAAUGUUGCCGAACUGUGUGAUUCAUUUUGGAGACCGGCCGAUUCAAGUGACCUUAAAACGGGCUCUGUCAUUUCUGAGUUGGUGGCAGAGUAUUCGUCUAGUGUGGCACCUCGCCUUCUCCAAGAAUCCCACCACCAAGGAAGAAGUGGAGAAGUGUAAGCAGAAGGACCUGCUAGACCAGAUGUUGAAGGAGAUGUCCGGAGAGUUCCCGGAACUGGGGCGAGUGUUUGUAGAGGAAAGAGACAUGUACUUGACGUACUCGCUGCAACUGGCCACUCGCCAUCAGCCUCGCAGACUGACUCCUACAGCUGUGGAGCAGACCAGAGUGGUGGGAAUUGUGGGUAUCGGACACAUGCCCGGCAUCACCAAACUGUGGGGUACUAUCAAGGACGCAGACAUACCGCCUAUCAUGACGAUUCCACCUCCCUCCCGGACAGGAAAAGUGGUCAAGUACACAUUGAAAGUGUGUGCGGUCAGCUUGUUUGUGUGGGGAGCGUACAAACUGUUGGCACCGAGAGCGCUGUCGGACGCUGUCAAUCAAGUGCCUAGGAAAGCCAGAUCUAUAAUGAAACAAGUUAAUUCACUUUUGAAUCAAGUAGAAGUCUACGAAGCAUCUCUAAUACAUCGUUAGGAUUCAUUUUCUACCCUUCCCAAGAUACAUUCUUCCGGUUCAAGUUUACAUGUCAUAUGUUUAUGUAGUUUUGAAUACAGUUAACUUGUUUAGCUUAUUCAUAUUUGAAAGU